AUGACGACCAUCCUCUUUGCUCUUCUCUGCCUCGGGCUGAGUCUGGACCAGAGGAUCCAUGUGCAGGCAGGGACCCUCCCCAAACCUACCAUCUGGGCUGAGCCAGGCGCUAUGAUCUCCUGGAGAAGCCCUGUGACCAUCUGGUGUCGGGGGAUCCUGGAGGCUCAGGAGUACCGGCUGUAUGCAGAUGGCAGUCCUCGGUACUUGGACAGACAGAAAUCGCUGGAGCCUGGAGACAGGGCCAAGUUCCUCAUUACAGGAAACUAUGCAGAGAGAUAUACCUGUAACUACCUCAGCCCCACUGGCUGGUCAGGGCACAGUGACCCCCUGGAGCUGGUGGUGACAGGAGUCCACAGCAAACCCAGCCUCUCAGCCCUGCCCAGCCGUGUUGUGACCUCAGAAGGGUACGUGACCCUCCAGUGUGGCUCAAGGCAGGAAUUUGACAGGUUCAUUCUGACUAAGGAAGGAGAUCACAGGCUCUCCUGGACCCUGGACUCACAGCCACAGCCCAGUGGGCGGUCCCAGGCCCUGUUCCGUGUGGGCCCCGUGACCCCCAGCCACAGGGGGACGUUCAGAUGCUAUGGCUAUUUUGAGAAGCAUCCCCAGGAGUUGUCUGACCCUAGUGACCCCCUGCAUCUAACGGUCUCAGGACCCUCUGGAGGCCCCAGCCCCCCACCCACAGGGCCCACCUCCACAGCUGGUCUCCCAUGGUACCUGUACAUCCUGACUGGGGUCUCGGUGGCCCUGGUCCUGCUGCUCGCCCUCCUCCUUCUCCUCCUCCGACACCGACGUCAGAGCAAAGGCAGGAUGUCAGAUGCUGCCAUGAAGGACCCCCAACCUGGGAAGAGCCUGGAGCUGGGCCCUCGGGCUGCACCUGACGCCCCCCAGGAUGUGACCUACGCCCAACUGAACCUCUUGGCCCUCAGCCGGGAGACAAGGGCACCCCUUUCCUCCCCAUCAGAGGAGCCCCCAGAAGAGCCCAGCAUGUACGCUACUCUAGCCAUCCACUAG